AUGAUAAGUGGAGAAAUAUGGACUCAACUAAGCUCGGCCAUUACUGGCCUGAUGCUUGCUUGGGUUAUGUUUGAACGAUAUUUCCCUUACCAACUUCGGGUCUAUCUUGAAAAAUAUAGUCAGAAGUUGACGAGUUUAGUGAAUCCUUACAUCCAAAUUACCUUCCAUGAAUUCACUGGUGAACGUUUCAAGCGCAGUGAGGCCUUUUCUACUAUUCGAAGCUAUCUCAGCUCCAAUUCUUCCAAGAAUGCUAAAAGACUCAAGGCUGAUGUUGUCAACAAAAGCCAAUCUUUAGUCCUCAGCAUGGAUGAUUACGAAGAAGUGACCGAUGUUUUUAAUGGUGUUAAGGUCUGGUGGGCUUCUAGCAAGAAAGCCCCCAAAACACAAGCUAUUUCCUUUUAUCCUGCCGCUGAAGAGAGUAGGUUUUACAAGCUCACAUUCCAUAAAAGUCAUCGAGAAAUCGUCACUGAGAAAUAUAUAGAACAUGUUUUGAAAGAAGGAAAGGCGAUUGCAGUGAAGAACAGGCAGAGAUGUCUCUACACCAACAAUCCUAGUGAGAAUUGGUAUGGGUGGAAAUCUACGAAGUGGGGUCAUGUGGUGUUUGAGCACCCUGCUACUUUUGAUUCUUUGGCUAUGGAAACAAAGAAGAAAGAAGCGAUCAAGAAAGACCUUAUCAAGUUCAGUAAAGGAAAAGACUAUUAUGCCAAAAUCGGCAAGGCCUGGAAGCGUGGAUAUCUCCUUUAUGGCCCUCCAGGAACUGGCAAAUCCACCAUGAUUGCUGCUAUGGCUAAUUUCUUGGAUUAUGACGUUUAUGAUCUUGAGUUGACCACAGUUAAGGACAACAGCGAGCUUAGGAAGCUAUUGAUCGAAACCACCGGAAAGUCUAUAAUCGUGAUUGAGGAUAUCGAUUGCUCACUUGAUCUGACAGGACAGAGGAAGAAAAAGGAGAAAGAUGACAAGGAUGACGAAGCAGACAAAGAGAAGGAUCCAAUUUCUAAGAAGAAAAAGGAGGCUGAAGAAGAAAGCAAAAGCAGCAGUAAGGUUACAUUAUCUGGGCUUUUGAAUUUCAUUGAUGGAAUUUGGUCGGCUUGUGGGGGAGAAAGAAUUAUUGUGUUCACUACCAAUUAUGUGGACAAACUGGAUCCUGCUUUGAUAAGGAGGGGGAGGAUGGAUAAGCAUAUAGAACUGUCAUAUUGCUGCUUCGAAGCAUUCAAGGUGCUGGCCAAGAAUUAUUUAGAACUGGAGUCGCACGAAUUGUUUGGAAAAAUUGAAGAGUUGUUGGGGGAGACGAAGAUGUCUCCAGCUGAUGUUGCUGAGAAUUUGAUGCCUAACUCAGAUGAAGAAGAUGAGGAGACUUGUUUGAAGUGUUUGAUAGAAGCUCUUGAGGCUUCAAAGGAGGAAGCAAGAAAAAAGUCUGUAGAAGAAGCAAUGUUAAAGGCUAAGAAAAUAGAGAAAGAGAAUGGUGAAGCAUCUUCUAAAGACGUAGUACAAGAGAAGGGUGAAAUAUCAGCUGAUGAAGUGAAAGAGAAUGGAGUAACAUCAUCUGAGGAAGUGAAAGAGAAUGGUGUAAUUACUGAAGGUUAG